UAUUACCCUACCAGUGGCCCAGCCAGAUAAGCUAUUUUGGGUGGGCAGUCUGUAUUUUUUUAAGGUCUCCUUCUGCAGCACCAGUAGCUCUGUAUGCCCUUCCUGAAGAACUAAGCUGCUUUUUAUUUAAAACUGAGAAGAUCAAUGGAGAGUUUAGGAAAAGACCAUGCUUACUUGGACCCUUCCCUCUUGCCCUCCACAGCCCAUGAGGAAUACACAGUGCAAGAUGUCAUCAUCACACGCCGCUUGAGAGACCGAGAGCUGCUCCAGAAAAGAAAAGCAGAAGCCCAGGAGAAAGACUCAAUUCAGUGGGUCCUGGGGGAGCAAGAGAAGAGCAAACGGCAGAAGAGAGGCAGAGGAGCUGGGAGAGAACGAGGCCGUCGGCCAGUUAUUCAGGCUGAACCUAAGCCCGAACCCAAGCCAGAACCUCAUUCUGAAGUGUUGGAGGAAGGAGAAGCAGAGAAAGAACCGGCUGAGCUGGAACCACCUGUACCAGAACACCAAGGAAAGCCACCCAUGAUGAUGAUCCAAGAGCUCCUCAGUGGGGCACAGCAGGGAGCAGUGAGGGAGGAGUCAACUGAGGGGAGCCUGUAUGCAACAGGUGAACUACCAGAGAACCUCUGGGGUCACAGUGAGCAGUGGGUGAAGCCUUUUUGGGGAUGAAGAGGAUGCACCAAGACCAGCAGAAGCAGAAAUAGAGGCUUUGAACAUUUGUCUGGAAAACAAUCAGGAUAAUGAAUACUACACACCAGUUUUAUUUUAAUGUUUUUGUUUUGUCUUCUGCCUGUCAAACUCUAAGUGCUGUAGAGUGAUUUAGAUCAGCUGUUUUUGUGUGAGCAAUAAAACCAAACACUCCUG